AUUUGGACGAUUUUUUUUACUGUUCCUGUUUGUCUCUGAGCAGCUCACACACAGUCAGUGACUGGCAGGACUUUAUACUGCAAUCGAGUGCAACACCACAAACUGCUGUCACUGCAUUUCAGCUCUCAGUUUGCAUGAAUUCAUUCAGCAGACGAGCCAGCAGAGCUCAGCAGAAGCAGCUGAUGUGUGGACAGGAGAAAGGACGUAAAGAUGAUUUCAGUGGAUGUGCACAUGAAUGAUUUGUGUUUCCUGUGCAGAUCAAAGUGUGUGUGAGCUGAGCAGCAUGGAUCAGUGUGAGGACAGAGAGGAGGGAGUCCCUCCCUCUAAAACCACUCUGUGUGGGGAACCUGGCAGCCAGACCAGAGCUCAGAGGCCAGAGCUGCAGCACAGACCAGACUCCCAUGGACCUGGACCUGGAUCUGGACCCAGCUGUGUGUCCUUCAAGAGUGAUUGCUCAAUGGGUGGCCUCAUAGAUUUCAAAGGACACCAACCACCUGCUGCAAAGAGGAUUGAUGGACCAGCUGGACCUGAAUCUGGACCCAGCUGUGUGUCCUACAAGAGUGAUUGCUCAAUGGGUGGCCUCAUAGAUUUCAAAGGACACCAACCUCGUGCUAUAAAAAGGACUGAUGGACCAGCUGGACCUGGAUCUGGACCCAGCUGUGUGUCCUACAAGAGUGAUUGCUCAAUGGGUGGCCUCAUAGAUUUCAAAGGCCACCAACCUCCUGCUAUAAAAAGGACUGAUGGACCAGCUGGACCUGGAUCUGGACCCAGCUGUGUGUCCUACAAGAGUGAUUGCUCAAUGGGUGGCCUCAUAGAUUUCAAAGGACACCAACCACCUGCUGCAAAGAGAGUCGAGCAGGAGAGCUCAGAGGUUCCCAGUGGUCAGCAGCAUCAAACACACCUGGACUCCAUAUUUAUGCUGCUGGAGGAGGACAUUGUCAGGUUUGUGAAGAAGGAACUGAAGAGGCUCCAGAAGGUUCUGAGUUCAGAUUACCCAGAAGAGAGUCAGAGGGAGGAUGAGGAGGUGUUGGACGGUGAGGAUGAAGAGCAGAGGAGGAGCAGCAGAAAGGCAUUUCUGAAGAUCACACAGCACUUCCUGAGGAGAAUGAAGCAGGAGGAGCUGGCUGACUGUCUGCAGAGGAGAUCUCCUGCCUUGUGCCACCAUAACCUCAAAUCUAACCUGAAGAAGAAGUUCCAGUGUGUGUUUGAGGGGAUUGCUAAAGCAGGAAACCCGACCCUCCUGAAUCAGGUCUACACAGAGCUCUACAUCACAGAGGGAGAGACUGGAGGGGUCAAUGAUGAACAUGAGGUCAGACAGAUUGAAACAGCAGCCAGGAAAACCAGAAGACCAGAGACAACAAUCAGACAUGAAGACAUCUUUAAAGCCUCACCUGGAAGAGAUGGACCAAUCAGAACAGUGAUGACAAAGGGAGUGGCUGGCAUUGGGAAAACAGUCUUAACACAGAAGUUCACUCUGGACUGGGCUGAAGACAAAGCCAACCAGGACGUCCACUUCACAUUUCCAUUCACUUUCAGAGAGCUGAAUGUGCUGAGAGAGAAAAAGUUCAGCUUGGUGGAACUUGUUCAUGACUUCUUCACUGAAACCAAAGAAGCAGGAAUCUGCAGGUUUGAGAAGUUCCAGGUUGUGUUCAUCUUUGACGGUCUGGAUGAGUGUCGACUUCCUCUGGACUUCCACAACAAUGAGAUCCUGACUGAUGUCACAGAGUCCACCUCAGUGGAUGUGCUGCUGACAAACCUCAUCAGGGGGAAUCUGCUUCCCUCUGCUCGCCUCUGGAUAACCACACGACCUGCAGCAGCCAAUCAGAUCCCUCCUGAGUGUGUUGACAUGGUGACAGAGGUCAGAGGGUUCACUGACCCACAGAAGGAGGAGUACUUCAGGAAGAGAUCCUGGGAUGAUGAGCAGCAGGCCAGCAGAAUCAUCUCUCACAUCAAGACAUCACGAAGCCUCCACAUCAUGUGCCACAUCCCAGUCUUCUGCUGGAUCACUGCUACAGUUCUGGAGGAUGUGUUGAAGACCAGAGAGGGAGGAGAGCUGCCCAAGACCCUGACUGAGAUGUACAUCCACUUCCUGGUGGUUCAGUCCAAAGUGAAGAACAUCAAGUAUGAUGGAGGAGAUGGGACAGAUCCACAGUGGAAUCCAGACAGCAGGAAGAUGAUUGAGUCUCUGGGAAAACUGGCUUUUGAGCAGCUGCAGAAAGGCAACCUGAUCUUCUAUGAAUCAGACCUGACAGACUGUGGCAUCAAUAUCAGAGCAGCCUCAGUGUACUCAGGAGUGUUCACCCAGAUCUUUAAAGAGGAGAGAGGACUGUACCAGGACAAGGUGUUCUGCUUCAUCCAUCUGAGCGUUCAGGAGUUUCUGGCUGCUCUUCAUGUCCACCAGACAUUCAACAACUCUGGUGUCAACCUGCUGGCAGAAGAACAACCAACAUCCCAGAAGUGUGAAACAAGAACAGAUGAAUCUGCAGAGACACAGUUCUACCAGAGUGCUGUGGACGAGGCCUUGCAGAGUCCAAAUGGACACCUGGACUUGUUCCUUCGCUUCCUCCUGGGACUUUCACUGCAGACCAAUCAGACUCUCCUACGAGGUCUGAUGACGCAGACAGGAAGUGGCUCAAAGACCCAUCAGGAAACAGUCCAGUACAUCAAGACGAAGAUUGAUGAGACUUCCUCUGCAGAAAGAAGAAUCAAUCUGUUCCACUGUCUGAAUGAACUGAAUGAUCGUUCUCUGGUGGAGGAGAUCCAACAGUCCCUGAGUUCAGGAAGUCUCUCCACAGAUGAACUGUCUCCUGCUCAGUGGUCAGCUCUGGUCUUCAUCUUACUGUCAUCAGGAAAAGAUCUGGACGUGUUUGACCUGAAGAAAUACUCUGCUUCAGAGGAGGCUCUUCUGAGGCUGCUGCCAGUGGUCGAAGCCUCCAACAAAGCUCUACUGAGUGGUUGUAACCUCUCAGAGAGAAGCUGUGAAGCUCUGUCCUCAGUUCUCAGCUCCCAGUCCUCUAGUCUGAGAGAGCUGGACCUGAGUAACAACAGCCUGCAGGAUUCAGGAGUGAAGCUGCUGUCUGCUGGACUCAAGAGUCCACAUUGUACACUGGAGACUCUCAGGCUGUCAGGCUGUCUGAUCACAGAGGAAGGCUGUGCUUCUCUGGCCUCAGCUCUGAGCUCCAAACCCUCCCAUCUGAGAGAGCUGGACCUGAGCUACAAUCAUCCAGGAGACUCAGGAGUGGAGCUGCUGUUUGCUGGACUGGAGGAUCCAGCCUGGAGACUGGACAGUGUGAGGGUGGAGCCUGCUGGAGUCCGAUGGCUGACACCAGGUCUGAGGAAGUAUUCCUGUGAACUCACAGUCGACACCAACACAGUAAACAGGAAGAUCAAACUGUCUGACGGCAACAGGAAGGCGACGUAUCUGGAGGAGGAUCAGUCGUAUCCUGAUCAUCCAGACAGGUUUGACUGGUGGCCUCAGCUGCUGUGUUCAGAGGGUCUGACUGGUCGCUGCUACUGGGAGCUGGAGUGUUGUGGAGUAGUUUCUAUAUCAGUGAGUUACAGAGGAAUCAGAAGGAAAGGAGAUGGUGAUGAUUGUAGGUUUGGACAAAAUGAUCAGUCCUGGAGACUGUGGUGCUCUGAUGGCCGUUACUCUGUCUGUCACAAUAACAGAACAACAUACAUCACUACCACCUCCUCCACCUCCUCCACCUCUUCGUCCUCCACCUCUGCCUCUGCCUCUGACAGAAUAGCAGUGUAUGUGGACUAUCCUGGUGGCACUCUGUCCUUCUACAGAGUCUUCUCUGACACUCUGAUCCACCUCCACACCUUCAACACCACGUUCACUGAACCUCUUUAUCCUUGCUUUGGGUUCUGGUCUUUCAGGUCUGGUUCUUCUGUCUCUCUGUGUUCUCUGAACUGAACUAUAACAUCAACUGAACUGUUAUGCUAACUGAACUGUCACACCAGCUGAACUGUAACACUCGCUGAAUUGUAACAGCAGUUGAACUAUAACACUAACUUCACUGUUCCACUUGAUGAACUGUUACACUGAAGAAACUGUAACACUCGCUGACCCGUUACACUAACUGAACUGUCACACCAACUGAAUUGUAACAGCAGCUGAACUGUAACACAAACUGAACUGUUACACCUAAUGAACUGUUGCACCUAAACUGUAACUGUAAUUCAUAAACUUAAUAAACUGUAACACUCGCUGAACUGUCAGGUGAGCUGAACUGUAAAACCAACUGAACAGUCACACCAGCUGAAUUGUAACAACAGCUGAACCGUUACACAAACUGAACUGUCACACUAACUGAAUUGUAACACGAGCUGAAUUGUAACAGCAGCUGAACUGUUACACUAACUGAACUGUCACACUAACUGAAUUGUAACACGAGCUGAAUUGUAACAGCAGCUGAACUGUUACACUAACUGAACUGUCACACUAACUGAAUUGUAACACGAGCUGAAUUGUAACAACAGCUGAACCGUUACACAAACUGAACUGUCACACUAACUGAAUUGUAACAGCAGCUGAACUGUUACACUAACUGAACUGUUCUGACAUGACUUUAUGAAAUAAAAUCAUGAGCAUUACUUUAAAUAACAGAUUUUAAAUUGGAACAUUUCAUCCCAAUGACUUUGGCAUGUAUCAGUGUGUAGUUGUGUUUGCAUGAGGAUGUUUAUCAUGUGAUCAGCUGAUUCUCUCAGUUUAGACUCAAACAUUUCAUCAGUUUCAGCUGCCUGAGCACAGAAACACGGUGAGUUUAUUCUCCUCUUUAAUCACAUUCAUUACGUCACUUUAAACUUGAAUAACAUUUCACUAAAACAUUACAGUAAAUUGAUUUAAUUCAGUUUGACUGUAAAAGUCUUUGUAACCCUGAGAAGGAGACGUUUGUUGGUGUUGAAGUAUUGAACAAAGCUGCUUUUCAAUGUUUGUUUUCAUGAAUUUGUUCUUUAUUUUUGCUUUCAUUAGCUUGACCUUAAAAUGUCAAAUUUCAUCACAAAAAUGCAAAAAUUUGUCAAAUAAAUCAACAAAUUUGUUUGAACAGUUGAUAAGUUUCAGUACUUUAAAUGAACUGAACCUUCAUUUUGUUCUUGGCUUCACUGACUCGUACUGUAAAGGUUUUAAUCAGCUGUUUAGUUUUAAUAUGCAGUCACACAUUAAAGUUAAAUCAAAACACA